UGUUGUUCUUGCCAUCUUGUAGUUGUCUGAGGCGCUUGGUGGGGUAGAGAGGCUGGAACGUUACGUGGGAAACGUGUUUUACCUCUUGGCAAUGGAGAACAUAUUUGCUGAUUAAGAAGUGUAGUUUAAGCGACAAAACAACACUCGGACUCUGCUCCUCGUAUUUGGUUUAUAUGCAAGUUCAGUGGAAGUGGUAAACGGGCCGUCUAGAUUCUGACAUGGCACAGUGGUUACGUCUGCAGCAGCUGGAUCCCAAAUACCUGGAACAGGUGGAUCAGCUCUACGACGACACCUUUCCCAUGGCUAUACGGCAGUAUCUCAGCACCUGGAUAGAGAGCCACGACUGGGAUUAUGCGGCCAACGUGGACAACGAGUCCUUGGCGACCCUGCGUUUCCAUGACCUCCUCACUCAGCUGGACGACCAGUUCAGCCGCUUCAGCCUGGAGAAGGACUUCCUCUCUCAACACAACAUCCGCAAGAUCAAACGCAACUUGCAGGAUCGUUUUCAGGAGGAGCCUGUUGCCAUGGCAGAGAUCAUCAGCCGCAGCCUUAAAGAGGAAAGGCUGAUUAUUGCUGUGGCAGAGCAGACCGAGAAAUCCCAGCCCAGCUCACAGACUGACAUGGUGGUAGAGAAGCACAAGGAACUCGAUAACAAAGUGCGGGACAUCAAGAACCGGGUGCAGGAGACGGAAACAAACAUCAAAAACCUGGAGGACCUGCAGGAUGACUACGACUUCAAGAAGAAAGAUUUAUUGUGCCGAGAGGAAGUGAACGGCGCACCUCAGAAGGAGGACAUGAACCGGCUGAAGGUGCAGAUUCAUAGCCUCUUCAUGAACCUCAACAACAAGCGGAAGGAGGUGUUGAGUCAGAUGGCGGGUGUCCUGAAUUUGGCCGAGCAGAUCGAGUACGACCUGAUCUCCGUGGAGCUGCCCGGAUGGCGUCAGCGCCAGCAGAUGGCGAGCAUCGGUGGGCCGCCCAACGUGUGUCUGGACCAGCUGCAGAACUGGUUCACUGUGGUGGCCGAGUGUCUCCUGCAAGUGCGUCAGCAGCUGAAGAAGCUUCUGGAGCUGGAACAGAAGUGCACGUACGAGCACGACCCCAUCACCCAGAGCAAGGUCUCACUGGACGAGAGAACGUUGCAUCUCUUCAAGAGCCUCAUCGUCCACUCUCUGGUAGUGGAAAGACAGCCAUGCAUGCCCACCCAUCCACAGAAGCCCAUGGUGUUGAAGACGGGCGUGCAAUUCACAGUCAAGCUCAGACUGUUGGCAAAACUCCAGGAAUUCAACCACACCGUUAAAGUAAAAGUCUUCUUGGACAAGAGCGUCACGGAGAAGAGGAAGGGAUGUCGCAAAUUCAAUAUUUUGGGAACCAACAUGAAGGUCAUGAACAUGGAGGAGUCCAACGGCAUGACGGCGGAGUUUCGCCAUCUGCAGCUAAAGGAACAGAAGGUGCAAGGCAGAACCAAUGAUGGGCCUCUCAUCGUGACGGAGGAGCUCCACAUCUUUAACUUUGAGGCAGAGCUGUGUCAUGGAGGACAGGUCAUCAACCUAGAGGCCAGCUCCCUGCCCAUAGUGAUCAUCUCUAACGUGUGCCAGCUGCCCAGUGGCUGGGCGUCCGUCAUAUGGUACAACAUGCUGACCACAGAGCCCCAGAACCUGUUGUUUUUCCUAAAACCGCCUCAGGCCACAUGGAUCCAGCUCUCCGAGGUCCUCAGCUGGCAGUUCUCCUCCGUCACCAAGCGGGGACUGAACGCCGAGCAGCUCAACAUGCUGGGAGAGAAGCUGCUGGGUCCAAAGGGCGUGAAGGAUUCGGAGGCUACUGUGUCCUGGAAUAAAUUCUGCAGGGGAGGCAGCGAGAGGAGCGUCACCUUCUGGCUGUGGAUCGAAGCCAUCUUGGAUCUGAUCAAGAGACACCUGCUCAGCCUGUGGAAUGAUGGGUGCAUCAUGGGCUUUGUGAGUAAGGAGCGUGGAAAGGUGCUGCUGAAUGACUGUGCCACCGGAACCUUCCUGCUGCGCUUCAGCGAGAGCAACCGCGACGGAGCCAUCACCUUCAGCUGGGUGGAACACGCUGCAAACGAUGAGCCACAGGUGCGUUCCGUGGAGCCCUACACCAAGAAGGAGCUGUCGGCUGUCACCCUUCCCGACAUCAUCCGUAACUAUCGCGUGAUGGCUGCCGAGAACAUCCCAGAGAACCCUCUGCGCUACCUCUACCCCGACCACCCCAAGGACCUCGCCUUCAAGAAGUACUACUCCAAGCCCAAAGACAAGCCUGAGCCUAAGAACGUGAGGUGCCCGAUGGAAGGCUACAUCAGGACGGAGCUCAUCUCUGUGUCAGAAGUACAUCCCUCUCAGCUCCAGGAGAACAUGAUGCCUAUGUCUCCCGAGGUAUUUGGGGAGCUUGAGCGCUCACUGACGGACAUGCCUCGGCUGAUCGAGGACCUGGAGUUCAACGAUUGUGACAUGGAGGUGUGAGCCGGACGUUCCCGUCCCCGCGGCGUGAGGCGGACGUUCCCGUUCCCGUUUGCCUUCAUGAAUUCCUGCCCCUUGAGGCGGUGUGAACUCCAGGGACUACAGGGGCAGACCACAGACUACAUCCUUCGGCUGCAAUAGCCACGUAGCACAUAGUAGUUACCAAAAACUUGGUCCAUUUAUCUUCUAAAUAGGUCCUAUCAGGAGACUAUAUAACGUCCACUUACUUUGGCACACCUGUGCGUCUGUUCGCUUCUGUUCUGUUCUUUGCUUUCCUUAUACCACAAAAGGAACUGUUAGUAAGUCAGGCCAUGUGAAGAGUGACGUUGUAGUCUUUUUUUUUUUUUAAACCUUUAUUUGUUUCAUUUGUCAGUGAAAUAAAUAAUUAAAAAGCCUGCAACAAGUACACACAUCCAUAAGUACAGUAGGCUAACGCCGAAGAGAGGAAAGAAACAUUGAUGCAAUACAUUCAGAUCCGUUCCAGUUGAAGCAGCAUGUGCAUCUAGUCAUUUCAGUAAUGGAGGACUUGGGCCUCCGUAGCCUCUUAAGACUUUUUAACAGAAUAAGCUGAAAACAAGUAUUUGUCUUCACUCUCUAAUAAUGCUAUGCCCAACGAGGUGACAUUGGCCCUGCCAAGGUCAUAUUUACUCGGGUUUUUCUGAUAUUUUGCCCAAUGUUUAUGUACGUAUAUGUUUGUCUCUCACCGCGCCGUAUAUAUGCCAACACCUGAACGAAAUCUAUUACCACACUCACACAACUUUACACACACACACACACACACACAGUCAGACAGAGGUGCGAACAGUUACUUCAUCACAAGAUAACAGCAGAACAUGUCAAGUGGUGAUGAGUGUGUUUUACAACAAACAUUUUGUACAGUAAAAACAAUCAGUGUGCUUGCCCUACACCAGGUCACGCCAGCUAUGUGCCUCAGGCCCUCUGGUGAAGAAUAACAAUAAUCAGCAAUUUAGAUCCAACUGGUCCUGUGCAGUUUAACACUGAGUAACACUUCCAGCGAAGACUGUUUUUGUUGUGUUUUAGUUGUACUUUGACAAAAAGUACUUAAAAAUCAUGUUAUAAUGUACUCUCUUGACUUCCGAGCUGCAAUAAAAAUGCAUUUUAAGGUCGUCUUUUGGUUUACUUCUCUUUGCCAUCGUUCUUGAUGCAUCUCUGUUAAUUGCUUUCAAGUAUUUUCUGGUGUCCAUCUUUGAAAAGUAAAUAACAGGACACCACACCGAAAUGGAGAUUCAUUACUGGUAAUUACUGUCUUCCUGGAAUUGCUACUGAUUGAGGUUUUAAGACUUGAGCAUCAUUUUGGGGUUUUUGGUUCCAUUUUUUACUUGUUCUGGUGACCAGGUCAAUCAGCCACUAGUCCUUGCAACCACCCAACCAUCUUCGCUACGACUGGCCCUUACACUUACACACUCACAUUAACAAACGACAACAAAAAAAAGUGCAAAUAUCUUCAAACAAUCAAUUCCAUUUUGGAGUUAAGAUCCUGAAAGAAAAAUAAAUAAAUAAAUAAA